CCGCCCCCUAGACCUUGGGUUACAGAGCGAGGGGCUUGAGUACCGUGCGCGGCAGGACGACGAACCAGUUGGGAUGGCCACCGGCUGGGGGAGCCUCUUGCAAGAUGAGCAGCAGCUGGAGGAGCUGGCACGGCAGGCUGUGGACCGGGCCCUGGCUGAGGGAGUGCUGCUGAGGACCUUGCAGGAGCCCAGUUCCUCCGAUGUGGUAAGCUAUGCCCCAUUCACGCUCUUCCCUUCACUGGUCCCCAGUGCCCUGCUGGAGCAGGCCUAUGCUGUGCAGAUGGACUUUAACAUGCUGGUGGAUGCUGUCAGCCAGAAUGCAGCCUUUCUGGAGCAGACUCUCUCCAGCACCAUCAAAAGGGACAACUUCACUGCUCGCCUCUUUAACAUCUACAAGCAAGUCCUGAAAGAAGGCAUUGCUCAGACUGUGUUCCUGGGCCUGAACCGCUCAGACUACAUGUUCCAGCGCAAUGCAGAUGGCUCCCCAGUCCUGAAACAGAUUGAAAUCAACACCAUCUCUGCCAGCUUUGGGGGCCUGGCCUCCCGUACCCCAGCUGUGCACCGACAUGUUCUCAAUGUCCUGAGUAAGACCAAAGAAGCUGCCAAGAUCCUCUCCAAUAAUCCCAGCAAGGGACUGGCCCAGGGGAUCACCAAGGCCUGGGAGCUCUACGGCUCAGCCAACGCUCUGGUGCUACUGAUUGCUCAAGAGAAGGAAAGGAACAUAUUUGACCAGCGUGCUAUAGAGAAUGAGCUACUAGCCCGGAAUAUCCACGUAAUCCGUCGAAGGUUUGAAGAUGUCUCUGAAAAGGGGUCUCUAGACCAAGACCGAAGGCUGUUUAUGGAUGGCCAGGAAGUUGCUGUGGUUUAUUUCCGGGAUGGCUACAUGCCAAGUCAGUACAGUGUACAGAACUGGGAAGCACGCCUGCUGCUGGAGAGGUCAUGUGCUAUCAAGUGCCCAGAUAUUGCCACCCAGCUGGCUGGGACAAAGAAGGUGCAGCAGGAGCUGAGCAGAAUGGGUGUGCUGGAGAUGUUGCUCCCUGGCCAGCCUGAGACUGUGGCCCGCCUCCGUGCCACAUUUGCUGGCCUCUACUCACUGGACAUGGGUGAAGAAGGGGACCAGGCCAUUACUGAGGCCCUUGCUGCCCCUAGCCAGUUCGUGCUAAAGCCCCAGAGAGAGGGUGGAGGUAAUAACCUAUAUGGGGAGGAGAUGGUGCAGGCCCUGGAGCACCUGAAAGACAGCGAGGAGAGGGCGUCCUACAUCCUCAUGGAGAAGAUAGAACCUGAGCCUUUUGGAAAUUGUCUGCUACGGCCUGGCAGCCCUGUCCGAGUGGUCCAGUGCAUCUCAGAGCUGGGCAUCUUUGGAGUCUAUGUCAGGCAGGGAAAGACACUUGUGAUGAACAAGCAUGUGGGACAUCUGCUUCGAACCAAAGCCAUUGAGCAUGCAGAUGGUGGAGUGGCAGCAGGAGUGGCAGUCCUGGACAACCCGUACCCUGUGUGA